AUGUUUGUUGUAGCGCUUGAACUUACUGAAGGAAGUGGUGAUCUCGCGGUCUUCCACGCCGACCCAGCUAUGCUUGAAAAUUCACCGAACGUUGGACUACCAGCGCCUGGUUCCUACCAUUCGCGUCCGUUAUCAGACCAAGAGGUUUUUUCUCAGUGGCUCCGCGACACGAGCCAGGACCCGAGAGAACCGACCGGCACUUCGGAGGUGUCUGUAACACAAGUCAACCACGACCUUUCGACAACAGACCCCCAUCAUCCAGUAUUUCGUCUAACAGGAAAUCGCAGUGGAUCGGAUGAGGUCCCCGAAUAUUUGCCGGCACAAGAUAUAGACGAUGAAUCAAUGGACCCGGAACUGUCCAAGGCCAAAGAGAAACUCGAUAAGAAGUAUCAUAAAGCCUUACAGCUUAUGUAUACUUACAAAAAUCCGGAUGGAUCAAGCGGUUUCUUGAAUAAAAUGGCUGAGGUCGUCAAAGGAAGCAGUGACAUUCUGAGAAGCGAUCUUGCAGAUUUUGCAGAAAAGCAACUUCGAGGAUGGUUCGAGUACGGGCUGUGGCCGCCCCAAAGCCAUUCCCAGGCGAGGAAUAGCACUUGCCAUCAGCUGUCAAGGGACAUACAGGACGCGAACCUAGUAAAAGACCCAGAGACCCAAAAGAUGCUCCGUCGAGUGGCGAGAGUCCGUCUCUAUCUCUUGUUCUGGGAGCACAAGAAAGAACUGGAGGCGGAAGAAGUGAGCCGGGAAGACUCCGGCAUUGAAAGAUCGGACGAACAACACGCGGGCCAGGAUGAACCUGGCAGAGAAAUGAAUGAGCAAGUCGCGCGCAGCUCAGUAGGCGUUCGCAAGGAUACUCGCGCAAUUGAUACUCUCCUUGGGAAGUCGAUCUCCAGCUGGAUGGGAAUGGAUCAGCACAACAAAGAUCAGUACCGCCGAAUUUUCCUGAAGGACAGAAAGACUGGAAAGAGAUGGUGUGAAUUAGUCCACUACUUUGGCCCAGGAGUCUUGGUCACGUGUGGUUACCGCAGAGAAGAGCUAAUCCGCGAGACAAGAAACGGAGCCUCCAGCAACACCGUUCAUGCCCUUGCUACGUUCAUCGUUACAUGCUUCCCCGACGUCCUAAGGGUUUGUCAAAUGUUUGACAACGUGGCAAAGACAUUUCUAGGACGGAGAACAGGUGAAAAAGUCUGGUGGGAUGAGCACAUUCAGAAAAAGAUCGGCGACGACAUAAAAGACAUCGUGAAACGGCUAGAGAAUCAUACUCUCGACGAUAACGAGAGGCCGAUCAUCCAUAGCCCACUUACGCAGCCUUCGGUCGAGCAGCUUACAACGCUAAUAUCUGAAGUUCUACGCUCUGAAGAGAACCGUAGGAUUGAAGAUGGCUUGUGA